CCGUUUUCUUCGAAUACAUGUUCGCUAUCUUGAAUUCCUUGCAAGGUUUCUUCAUAUUUCUAUUUUACUGUGUAAACAGCUCCGAGGUACGUGCACAGUUGGCACGCAAGAAGCAAACGAUUGAGCUAACGCAUGGUAUCAGUCUCAGCAGUGGUCCUAGGUACUCGUCUAAUCAGGUUCGACCAAACACGACUAGCGAAGAAAUAAGCAAUUCGAAUAUUGCCAGCAGGUCUUCAAUACGGAUAUCCUUGGAUACAGGAAUACAGGAAGAAGCUGAAAGCUCUGAUGGUAACUUGAUGUAGACUUACUAUAACUGGUAUAGCCAAAAUAUUAUUGACGGCUUCCGGUAAAAAUAGUGUGUGUAGUACGGCUUUAUAUAGUCGAAUGAUAAAUCUUUCUUAUAUAUGUAGGUAGCGC